CAAAAACAGACUUCCAAGUUACACCCUAACUUUUUCUUCUUUGUUCUUGAAAAGACCUAACCCUUCUUCUGUUUUUUUUUUAUAUAUUUUUUUCCUUGAUAACUGUCGACUUGAUGGAGCCUCAUAACGUUGAGUGCGAUCUUCAAUCCCUGAGAAGACUAUACGCUCUUCUCCAAUCAAAUGCAAACAACGAAUCCAUACCCCAAGCAUUUUUGUUAGAUGAGAAUACACAGUUCCUACUAAAGCGCUUGCUCGAUUCUGCGACUGGGGAACUUUUGUCUAGACAAUCCAAGAUACUUGCACAAGUACAGUUGGGUUUGCCAGAUAGGGUUUCUACACCGAUCUCAAGGGGUGGUGGUAUCAUCAGAUUGCCUAGCAAGGCUGGUUUAACAGAGGAUGUCGUUGACUCAAUCGAACGAAUCGAUACGCAGCUUUCUGCUUUUCGCUUUUGUUCUACUCGUGUGGGCUCUCGUGCUGAUAGAACAAGGUUCUGUAAAUCUCCUAGUGUGCCUCCCAUGGAAGAUUACUCAUCUUCUGGGAUGCCUUUCCAAAAGUUGAACGAGAAAGCUUUGAUGGAACCAAGCCAAAGCUAUCAAGCUUCUUUGUCUGGUUUAAGGAGCAGUUACAACAUCCCAGUGAGUAAGCACAUGAGCCAGGCUACAAGAACCACGAAUAAUGUACCUAGCCUAAGAAGCGUCAACAAUGUUGUAGAGGCAACAGUUCGAAGCCGUGAUGAUCCAUCUUUGUUUCCUCCGUCACAGGGAUUCUGUCUUCCCGAUGAUCAGUUUGUUCGGGUCAGGUCACCGCCUCGUCCUGUGAGAUCCGUUGCAUUCGAGAAGCCAAGCCAGAGUGGCACAACGUCACGGAAGGUGGCGAGUAUGAAACCAACUCUGCUGGAUCAAGUAACCGAGGCUUGGGAUGAAGAUUCGGUCGAAACAGAGAGUGUAAACACACGGUCUGAGACAAACUCGGAAGGGGAAGACCUAGUUUCUACGGAUCAAGAAUCGGAAGAAGCGUCUGAUGAAACCGGUUCGACCUCUGGUUCAAGCUGGGAAACUCAGGGAGAGAGUGUCAACGAGUCUGACUCAUCAUAUCCACCACAGAGUGAAGAUGGCUCUGAAGGCAGUGGUUCUCCUCAACAUAAAAGGAGAGACGGAUCAAGGGAUCACUCAAACCAGAGGAAGAAGGUGAUAGGGCGGUUUAAAAGACUGAAAGAGAAGCUAGGUCAAGUGUUCCACCACCAUCAUCACCACCACCAUCACCAUCACCACCAAUCCAAGGGUGAAGUCGUCAAGGCAUCGGCUUGGAAGCAGUUGCAAAAGUUUCACCAGAAACACAAAGAGAAGUCAGUUGAGAGACAGAUGAAAACAGAAACCAGAGCAGUGACUACCCAUAAGCAACGAGGUGGGCAUUUCCAUUCUCUAGUGGAAGGCUUGAUGAGACAUAGAAGAAGACACUCAAAGAAACAAAAACACAAGUUUGGCAGGAAAAAAAAGUGGUGGAAAAAGCGUAAGCGACAAGGUGGUGUCAAGUUUCUUAACAGAGGGCAGGAUAAGCUAGGAAAAAUAAAUUAUUUGUGUAAUAAUGAUCAAGAACAUGACGAAAAGUAAUAAAAAAACCAGUCUAAAGUAAAUAACAGAGGAAAAGAGUUGUAAAUAACUUAAAGUUGCAAGUUU